CAGACUAAGGGAACAUCAAGUUUUGGUAAGCGCCAUAACAAGACACACACUCUGUGUGUGCGCUGUGGACGGUCAGCAUACCACAUCCAGAAAAAAAGAUGUGCAUCCUGUGGAUACCCACGCUCUAGAACCAGGAAAUGUAAUUACUGUUUUUUUGAUGUGUUCUUACAUUAGUAAGUGAUUUAUGUUGAGGUCACCAACUGUCGGCCGACAGUCACCUCACAGUCGGCCGACAGUUGGCGGAAAAACUUCACAUAAGACAGCAAACGACAGUCUACCCACUGUGGGCCAACAGUCAGCUAACAGUUUUUGGAGGAGCUGUUCUCCACUUUUUCCACUUUAGCUAGUGCAGUGAAGAGAAUGCAUGUGCUUGUAGUUAGUUAUGAAUUCGUUGUACAUGUAAUUUUUUCUGGCAUCCACUUUCAGUUUGAUCUUCCUUUUGCUUCCAUGUAUAUGUAGUAUUUGUGUAUUAUUGUCAAAUCUUAUUCAAUUUUGCCUGUACGUUUGCAGUUCAUCAUGAAAAAAAGCUUUUUAAGGUCUCUGUUGAACACCUAUUUGAUAACCUUGAGUCUGGAAAAAGAAAUUAUUGUUUUGGAAAAAAUCUCAAAAAUUGUAGGUCCCAAAAUCUGUACGAACCCUGUAGAACAGACAAGCAACCAACCGUAUGUACUGCAAACCAAGGAAGCAGAAGUAUUUCUUGUGUUUGACUGCAUAGUACGGUGACAAGAAAUGUGAUGCUAAAUGUUUGAAGUAUAGCUUGUAAAAUAUGUGAAGCUCAGCCACAUUUUUGAAUCAGAAGCUUAAUGUGCUUUGGAAUGUCAGACAUAGGCUGAUAGUAAGAUUCCUUUCUGUCCAGGUAACUGCUUAACAAUAAGCUUUAAAAUCUUCAAUGGUCUUUGGGAAUCUCUGUUGAAAUCCUUAGUAACUCCCAGGAUUUUAUUUUAAACAGAAAGAGUAAGUGUUUGAGAAAAAAACCUGUCUAAAUUCAUCAUGGGCAAGAUGAAAUCUGAUAUGCUUUUUUGUUGUUGUUUUCAGUCAACUGGAGUGUUAAGGCAAACCGCAGGAAGACAACAGGGACUGGCCGCAUGCGACACUUGAAGAUUGUCUACCGCCGUUUCAAGAACGGAUUCCAGGAGGGAAGUCAGGCCAAAUCUCAGAAGAGAAAGGGUGGUGCUGCUGCCACUUCUAGUGCCGCAAGCCAGUGA